CUGCAGCCAUUAAUUAAACCCCAAAACAAAAACAGAGUACUGUCCGUUAGCCAAAUCCACGAAUAUUGCACUAACUGUAAAUGUUUCGACCGUUAUGCUCUCUCCACAAGGGGCGUACUUCUACCUACGUGUCUUCCUUCUCUUCCCUCCGUGUGUCCCCUCCCUCCUCCUCCUUCCCGCUUACCAAUGGCUGUUUUCUCUAAUAUCUGUUUUUUUUUAAAUUUAAUUUAUUUUUUUCCCAUUGUUUUUCACAGUUGAGGGAAGUUCCUUCAGAUGGUGAAUUGGUGAGAGUAAAAGGUUUUGUUCUAACAGAGAAAACUUCAUUGUUGAGAGAUGUCGUGGGAAUGCUUGGAUGGUGGGAUGAGAUUGAUAAAUCCGAGGAAUGGCAGAGAUUCAUUUUCUAUUUAUUGUCUGCUUUCUAUGCUCUUAUUUCAAUUGUUGCGCUGGUACAAUUAUGCUGUAUUCAACUGCGAGUGCCGGAGUACGGGUGGACGACACAAAAGGUUUUCCACUUGAUGAACUUUGUUGUAAAUGGAUUGAGGGCUGCUCUUUUCUGUUUCUACAAGACCGUGUUUCUCAUUAAACCCAUGGUAUGUGUCGUUGUUUAGAGUAGCAGUCGAUGCUCCGGAUUUUAAUUGUUACUUGUAGUGAAUGAGCAUCUGAUAGCAGGGUCAUGCGAUCUUUAGAGUUCCAUGACAAUGGCUUCCAUAUAAUGUCUAAGCCUUCUUUGUUUUCGGUAUUCGGAAAUGAGUAGCGUAUUUGAUUAUCCCUGGCAAUAGUUGUUGUAUUAUCGAUAUAAUCUUAGUUCAGCUUUACUGCUUUAAUUAUAACAUCCAUCCA